GAAGCUGCUGCGUUUCACAACUUAUAUCAAUAUUCUGCCAUGAAGUAAUGCGCCAGUAUAUGCAGCGCGUAUUGACCGCGCGUCGGGCUUUGAACAUUAUUCGCCCUUCUCGUCACCAAUGCUAUUCUACCAAGAGCCAAGAGGAAACCCAUAGGGCGAAGUCUCGAGUAGACCGUUUAUUUUCCCGCUUCCCUCGGUUUUUGCACAAAUACAUCGAUCCCUUGCGGUCGGCGCCCGUUUCGCACAUAACGUCGUUCCUUAUUCUACAUGAGUUGACCGCCAUCGUCCCGCUCGUCGGCCUUGCUGCUACUUUCCACUACACAAAUUAUCUGCCACCUUAUGUCAGUGAAGGCAAGUGGGUGAGUGAUGGUGUGGAGAAAUUUGGGGGCUACUUUAGGAAGAAGGGCUGGCUGGGAGAUGUUGGAGAUGACGGGAAACGGACGUUUCGAGACCGCUGGUGGGGCCGGGGAGAGGGAGGCGUUCGCAUAGUGGUCGAGGUUGCAACUGCAUACGCUAUCACGAAGGCACUGUUGCCCAUUAGAUUGAUCAUCAGCGCAUCGGCCACGCCGUGGUUCGCUCGAAUUGCCGUGCUCCCAAUUACAACCAGAUUUUCGAAGAUUUUUAGAUUUGGAAAGAAGAAGGCCCUUCCAUCAGCUGCUGCUGGCACGGGAGCUGUUGAAGGGGGAGCUGUUGCAAAAGGCACUGGUAGUAAGAGUACGAAUAGCAGACCGCCGCACGAUGACGUGGGGUCUCGUCUGCCGUAGAAUUUUACAAUUUUGUGAGUCAGUUGCAUUCUGAAUAGAAAUUCGCCGCUUGGCAUAGAUACAUCUUGUAAUCAUAUAACAACGAUC